CCAUCCGGGGCGCCGACCGGGACCAGUCCAGAGUCGGGAUGCAAUCGAUCGUUCGCCGCGCCACUGCUGCUCGUCUUCCCCUGCACAAAGCAAGUCACUCGGUUGUCUACAAUUUCAAUCUCACUGCCGCCCGACGAGCCUCUCCGAACUUCGUCCCAACCCGCAACAUGUCCCUGUCCUUCGUUUCGACUCCUGAUGCUCCCCCGGCCGUUGGCCCGUACGCUCAGGCCGUGAAGGCUGGCAACUUGCUCUUCGUCUCUGGCUCCCUCGGUAUCGACCCUGCGAUCGGGAAGCUGGUGGACGGCGGUCUUGAGGCCCAGACCAAGCAGGCACUCAAGAACUUGAAGACGAUCAUCGAGGCCGGCGGGGCGACGAUCGACAAGGUAGCGAAGACCACGGUCUUCCUUGCGGACAUGAAUGAUUUCGCUGCCAUGAACGCUAUCUAUGCUGAGUUCUUCGGCGAUCACAAGCCCUCGAGGUCGACUGUGCAGGUGGCACGUCUGCCGCUCGAUGGGCGCUUUGAGAUUGAGUGCAUUGUCAGCCUCGCCUGAGAUGACAUCGUCGCGACUGUAGACGACCUGUAGUACACAUGCCCCCCACGUUGUAUGCUGUUGUGUAAUAGAGCGCAGGAUGUAUCAAAACGAACGUUUUUACGGCCCAUUGAGCUUGAUGAUUAUGCCGUAUUCUAAUAGAAGCAUUGCAACUGUGUAUGAGUACGUACUAUCGUAUAUUGGUCGGGGUUAGGGUC